UCUCUCCUCUCUCUCUGUCUCUCUAUGACGGCUCCCAGCAUAGAGAUGAUAGCAGAGUCACUAAAGAACUGCUCUUUGGGAAGGAACAGAGCCAGAGCCAGAGCCAGAGCCAGAGCACCACCGGUUACGCCGCCGCCACCGCCACCGCCACCGCCACAACUGGAGGAGGAGGAGGAGAGCGAGGGACUCACAGUGGAACUCAACUCUGAUGUGGCACUACCUCGCAACUGGGAGCAAUGCUUAGACAUGAGAACAGGGGAGGUCUACUAUGUGAACUGGAGAACGGGGAUGAGGACCAAGGAGGACCCAAGGAAUCAAGUCAGGAACUUGCCUUCAACGACGUGCUACUGCUCGGAGAGCUCCUUCUCUGGCUCCGGUGACAAUGCAAGCAGCUCCGAUGAGGAGGUUGAGGAAGAAGAAGAAGAAGAAGAAGAAGAAGAAGAAGAGGAGGAAACCAGGGAUACUGCAAGCUCGUCUGGAAUCUCGUCAAUCUGUUCAUCGUCGUCCUUUGAGGUCGGCGGCCGUGUCGGAGGCGGUGACAUCACCGGGCAAGUCCUCGUCGCCGCCGGCUGCAAGGCUUGCUUCAUGUACUUCAUGGUGCCGAAGAGCGUUGAAGCUUGCCCAAAGUGCGGUGCUGCUCUUCUCCAUCUCUGAGCUCAAAGCUGCCACCUUUUUUUCCUUAUAAAAUUUUUCUCAAUUAUUUUUUCCUAUCUAUUUUCUCUCUAUGAAUCUCUUUAAAUGAGAAUGAUAAAUCUAAAACAGAGACAUUGAUUGAUCUCUAUCUAAUGUUGGUUUGUUUAUAUUGUUUUUUUUGUUUUUUUUGUUUUUGUUUUUUUAUUUAUUUUGAGUGUAUGUAAUGUAGA